GGCAUGAGAGACCAAAGAGCAUAAAGACAGCUUUUUCUACACACAAUUUCUUGAUCAAUUAACCUCCACACCAAAAUCCAAUAAAGAUAUGGGUUUUGGGUACCAAAGAAGGAUCUUUCUUCUUCUUCCACUACUACAACUUCUUAUACUUCAGCUAUUUUCAGUUGUAACAUUGGCUGAAACACAAGUACUCUCACUAUCAACAUUUAGUAAUUGUAGUAACAUUAGUAGUUCAUUAAGAGGUUCAAGAAAAGUGGGAAGAGGGAGAGGAAGACGAGGUUUAUUGGGGUGUGAUUUAUAUAAAGGGAGAUGGAUUGCUGACACUUCAUAUCCAUUAUAUGUAGCAUCAAGUUGCCCAUUUAUUGAUUCAGAGUUUGAUUGUCUUAAACAUGGUCGUUCAGACACUCAGUAUCUUAAGUAUGCUUGGAAACCAGAUUCUUGUAAUCUCCCAAGGUUUGAUGGAGUGGAUUUGUUGAAUAAAUGGAGAGGGAAGAAAGUAAUGUUUGUGGGUGACUCACUGAGUUUAAAUCAGUGGGAAUCGUUGGCUUGUUUGCUUCAUGCGUCGGUGCCCAAUUCCAAGACCACUUUUUUACGUAGAGACAUUCUUACUUCCCUCGCUUUUCAGGAUUAUGAUGUGACGAUAUACUUGUAUCGCACACCCUAUUUGGUAGACAUUGUGAAACAAGACAUUGGACGGGUCUUGAAUUUGGACUCGAUUAAAGGAGGCGACACAUGGAAAGGGAUGGAUGUUCUCGUGUUCAACUCGUGGCAUUGGUGGACGCACACCGGAAACCUACAACCAUUUGAUUACAUACAAGACGGAUCAACUAUAUCUAAAGAUAUGGACCGGCUAGCGGCAUACUACAAGGCUAUGACCACAUGGGGAAAAUGGGUUGACCUUAACGUCGACCCAUCGAAGACUAAAGUGUUUUUUCAAGGGAUCUCUCCUACACAUUACAUGGGAAAAGAAUGGGGAUCAUCGUCAAGAAACUGCUACGGGGAGCUACAACCAAUUGAAGGGGGAUCAUACCCUGCAGGCUUACCCGAAGCUCAAGUUGUUUUAAACAAAGUUCUAAGUAGCAUAAAGAAACCAGUCACGUUGCUCGAUAUCACAACACUAUCUCAGUUAAGGAAAGAUGCACACCCGUCAUCAUAUAGUGACUCAGGCGUUGAUUGUAGUCAUUGGUGCGUUCCUGGGUUACCCGAUACAUGGAACCAACUCAUGUACGCAUCGUUCCUCAAUUGACAAAGUCAGUAAAUUUGCAUCAUAGUGAUUCAUUUCUAUACACGAUGGAUACAUUAUAAUUGAAGAUAUAUGUAAGAUUGUUCAAUUGUAAAGCUUAUGAACAGGAUUUGCAAUGAAAUGCAAUAAGGUAAAAGGGGAGAAUAAUAGAUUAUGCAACUAGAAAGAGUGUUUGAUUUCAUUUGAUGUAACUUGUUCACAUGUAAACAUAUUCAUUGUCAGUCAAAGGUAAAAGCCGAAAAAGCAUGGGGGAAUCUUAAUAUUCA